AUGUAAAAUCAAAAUCUUCCAUAAUUUCAGUUUGACAUCACAAUUCAUAAGGAUUUCUUGAAGCAUAAGAUUAUACAAUUAUUUGAGACUCUGCCUGGAAAUAAAUAAUUGAUUUUGAGUUAGAGAGUGUUGCAAUUACUUAAAUUGAGCAUCGAAAAUAAAGUGCUAUUGGAGAACGGAGUCAAGAAAACCUUGCAAAUUGAGACUCUAUAUUAAAUAGAGAGUGACAUCACUUAGAUCUUUAUCAUCAUACCGCCUAAAUAGGAUCUCAUUAAGAAGAUAUCAAAAUUGAUCAAAACUGCAAAUGGUCCCAACAACAUUUAUUAAUUGGUCUUUUGGCCUUAAAGAAAUCUCAUAGCCAAGGAAUUGCUGGAACAAGAGGGGGUUUUGAGUAGCGUUGAAAUUAUGGAUUUUUCAUUUGAUCUCAUACCUCUUGAUUAGGAUGUAUUGAGUUUGGAAAUGCCAGAUGCAUUUAGAGAUGUCGUGGUUGAAUAAGACUUUUCAAUUUAUACCCAUGUUGCGGAUAGUAUCAAUCGCAUUUAACUUUUGAUGGGCAACAUUCCAAAUAUAUACUGCAAAGGCGAUGGGGCCAAGAUGGUUUAUGAUAUUAUUAAAGUGGAAAGCUCAGAGUUGGACUAGGAUCAAGACUCUUAAGAGGUAGAGUCUCUGAUUAUAUAUGAUAGAAGCAUUGACUUGAUUACUCCUAUGUUGACCUAAUUGGUUUAUGAAGGAUUAGUGGAUGAAUAAUUUGGCAUCAACGGGAACUUAGUCAGUCUGCAAAAAAAGAUUUUUGGGAAGGAAGGAUAAGAAGGGGAGCAAUAUCAAACCGUAUAAAUGAGCUUGGAUAAAGACCCUUUGAUUUAUAAUGUAAGAGGAUUGUAACCAGACAAGUUUUAAAGACAAUUGUAAAUUUAAAUCAAAGCAAAUUCGGGGCAAGAAGCAGCUAGGAUUAAGGCAGAGUAGGAUUCAAAUUUGAGGCAUCUUAACAUAAGUGGAAAGAUAGCAGAUAAUAUUAGGACCAUCUCAUUCUACAAAAUGUUGAGUUUAGAAUAGGGAAUAAUCAAUGGGGAUAAAUCAGAUAAAGCUUUGGAUUACAUUGAAGCUAUGAUUCAAUCGGAAAUUGACUUAAAUAAAGUUGUAAGGCUGUUAACCUUAAGAACCUUAGUUGAUGGAGGAUUGAAGCAGAAACCAUACGAUUAUAUGAGGAGAGAGAUUAUUCAUGUCUAUGGAUUUAAGACUAUUGCUUUCUUAAACAAUUUAUAGAAAGCAGGGAUGGUCUACAAAUCUGAUCCCAAGCAACUUUUCUUUAAGUUGCAGGAAUCGUUUAAGUUGCUGAAUUUGAAUGUCAGAUCUGAUGAGACAGAUCCAAAAGAUCCUGCUUACACUUAUGGUGGUCACUACCCUCUGAUUGCUCGUUUGACUGAAAAGAUAUUUGAGAAGGAGUCGUGGAAACCGUUCAAAGCUCAGAUGUAAUUGAUUAAUGGUUUUCAAUUAGAACCAGAUAGACCUGCCAGAUUGAAUGUGCCUGGCAAAAAGCCUAUUGUAAUUGUUUAUAUGCUUGGUGGAGUCACUUAUGGGGAGAUUGCUGCUUUGAGACUGUUGGGGAAAUAAUUUAAUAAAGAAAUAAUCAUUUGUACAACCAGUUUAACCAAUGGGACAAAGCUUAUCUAAUCAUUAAGAGAGAGAAUCUGA